UUCAAAGUGCAUGAAGUUAGAAUCCACAUGCAAAACUAUCUUCAAAAAGAGAGUGACUGAAUUUUAGAGAGAGAAACAAAAAUCCGUCAGAAUGGGCAGCUUCUUGUACAUUGCUAUACUUGUUGGCAUAAUCUCAGCCGUUCAUGCCUGCCCGCCAUCUGAUCGGGCAGCAUUAUUAGCUUUCCGAGCUGCCCUGAAUGAACCUCACUUGGGAAUUUUCAAUUCAUGGCAAGGUUACGACUGUUGCCAUGAAUGGUACGGGGUGAGUUGUGAUCCCAUAACUCACAAGGUCGCUGACAUCAACCUCCGAGGAGAAUCAGAGGAUCCGCUCUUUGAAAAAGCUCAUCGGACCGGUUACAUGACCGGAACGAUCUCUCCAGCUAUAUGUAAUCUAGAAAGGCUAUCAAGCCUUACUAUUGCUGAUUGGCAGGGCAUUACUGGACCUAUACCAUCAUGUGUCACGUCCUUACCAUUUCUACGUAUCAUCGACCUGGUUGGGAACAAGCUCACCGGACCAAUCCCCUCUGACAUAGGUCGAUUGAGUCGACUCACCGUGUUAAACGUAGCCGAGAACAGACUUUCUGGUUGGUUCCCUCGUUCCUUAACCAAUUUAUCAUCUUUAAUGCAUUUAGAUCUCCGAAACAACAGCUUAUACGGAACGUUACCAACAAAUUUCGGGAAAUUAAGGAUGCUAAGUCGAGCUUUACUAAGUCGAAACAGGUUAACAGGUCGUAUACCAUACUCCAUUUCUUAUAUCUAUAGGCUUUCUGAUUUGGAUCUUUCUUUGAACAAGCUCUCUGGUAGCAUACCUCCAUCUCUCGGAAAUAUGCACGUACUUGCAACAUUAAAUCUUGAUGGUAACAAUAUUUCUGGUACUAUACCACCUAGUCUGAUUAAUUCUCGUAUCAACAUUUUGAACUUGAGCAAGAAUGCUAUUGAAGGGUACAUUCCUGAUUCAUUUAAUGAAAGAUCCUACUUUAUGGUAAUGGAUUUAUCUCACAACAAGUUAAAAGGAAGGAUUCCAAAAUCAAUGUCGUCGGCAACAUUUAUUGGUCACCUUGAUGUUAGUCACAACCACCUAUGUGGGCAGAUUCCGGCAGGUUCUCCGUUCGACCAUCUUGAAGCUUCAUCUUUUACUUAUAAUGAUUGCCUCUGUGGGAAGCCCCUUAAACCUUGUCAUUAAUUGUAACUGCUACGAUUAGGGACACUUAAUUUUCUCUUCUUAUUUGUUUUUUGAGAUAUAAUUUUAACACUAUAUAUGGUGAGUAUGCUUGUAUUAUGUGAUACUCGAGUAAAGAGUGUUUAGCAGAGAUGUAAUUUUAAAUGUAUAAUUGUGCCUUGGGAUUUAUAAAAGCUUUCUUUUAUAUA